AUGGACAGACUGAAAAGAAAGUUGUCGCAUGCUGUUCAUAGUAAAAGACGCGACGCGCUGCACAAGGAUACUAAAACUGCAUCGGCAUUGAAAGAUGCCAUUGCGACAAUCGUACCUCAACGUAGUACUUUACGGUCAUCUGAAAGUUGCGAUGGGCCGGUGUUUCAAAAUUUCCGAUUGGUUUGGCUGGAUACAAGCACAGAUGGAUUGAACAAUUACAUGAAUCCAAAUGUAAUCAAUAUAUUACGACAUAUUGCAAACAAUGUUAAUACAUUCAUCGAUGUGAAAGAAUGUGUGGAUUUUAUUGAAAAAAUCGAAGAUGAACACAUUAUUUUAAUUCUCUCGGGAAGAUCCAUGCAACCGAGCAUGCCCGCUAUACAUAAUAUGUCUCAAAUAAUGUCGAUCCUUAUCUUUUGUGAGAAUAAACUAGAACACGAAGUGUGGGUGCAUCAAUGGGUGAAAAUAAGAGGGGUGUAUAUGGAUAUUUCGACUCUUAUUGAAGGGAUCCGAGAAAGCACGAAAGAAUGCGAUCGAAAUAGUAUUGCGAUGAGUUUCAUUAAACCCAAUAGCAAUUGGAAUUUCGGUGAUUUAGAUCAGUUAUUCAUUUACAAUCAAAUAGUAAAAGAAAUUAUUCUGAGUAACAAAUACAAACUACAAGAUAUUGAGAAGUUUCUUGCUUUUUAUCGUACGCAGAUCGUUGGUAAUGUUGCGGAAUCGAAAAAUCUGGAAAAAUUUCAACGAGAAUAUUAUGAUUAUGCGCCUAUUUGGUGGUACACAUCUCAGUCAUGUCUCUCUUCGAUGCUAAGUCGUGCGUUACGAUUGAUGGAGAUGGAGGCCAUUAUCAAGAUGAGUUUCUUCAUCGAAAAGCUUCAUCAGCAACUCAGUCAACUUCAUGCCAAUCAUCAUGAAUCCAAUGCGUUCAUUGUUUAUCACAGUCAAGGAAUGUAUCAAACAACUUUCGAUGAUUUGGUGAAAGCGCGUGAUGGAUUCGUUUCAUUUAGUGAUUUCCUCUCUGCUACAAGCAAACGUUACAUCUCGAUGAACUAUGCGCGUCAAAUGGCAACGACUGCAAAUAUGCUCGGUAUUCUAUUUGCAAUCAAAAUUGAUCCGUCUUCUCUAGUUUCGGCUGUCUUUGCGAAUAUUCGUGAUGAAUGGUGUCAAGAAACGGACGAAGAAAUUCUUUUCUCUUUGUAUCCGAUCUUUCGUAUCGAUCGAAUUACUCAAAUAGAUCAUCACUCCAAUAGACUUUGGCAAGUGGAAAUGACCUUAUGUGAUGAGAAUGACGAACAACUUUCGAAUUUGAUCAAACUCGUUAGUGAGCAAACAGCCUCGCUCGGAACAGGCUGGUGUCGUUUGAGCGCGUUUCUGUUAAAACAAAAUCAAAUCGAUGAAGCUGAACUGGUGUGUCAAUCAGCGUUGACUCAAACGUCGACUGAUGAAGAAAAAGCAACUCUGAAUUAUCAGCUCGGAACAAUAAAAUUCUGUCAAAGAGAUUAUACAAGAGCAAUUACGUUCUUCGAAACAGCGCUGAAGAUGCGUCAGAGAUUUCGAUCAUCCGAUCAUAUGGAUAUCGCAACAUGUUAUAAUGAAAUCGGUUUGUCGUGCGAGAAGACAUGUGAAUAUUCUAAAGCACUCUCGUCGUUCGAGAAAGCGUACGAUAUCUACAAAGUUGUGCUUCCCGAAGAUGUACCAGUCCUAAUCGAACAUGUCCAUAAUGUCGCACGAGUAUGUUGUCAGAUGGAACAGUAUUCCAAAUCACUGUCGUAUUACCAACAAGCAUUAGAAAUGUGCAAGAAAAUUCCUUCGCUGAAUCCGUCUGACUUAGCCAAUGCUCACAGCAAUAUCGGUUCGGUUUAUGAGAAAAUGAACGAUCAUCAAAAAGCCAUAGCGUCGUUUAUAAAAGCUUUAGCUAUUUACGAGAAAAAUCCUCCUCAGGAUCGUUCUGACGUAGCUCAAUGUUAUUACAACAUUGGCCUGGUCUACGACAAAAUUCAUGAGUAUUCUGUUGCAUUGACUUACUAUGAAGAAGCGUUGAAAAUUAACGAAGCAAUCCUUUCUACUACACAUCCGAAACUAGCAGCAACGUAUCAGAACAUCGGCAUGAUAUAUUUUCAUCGAGCUGAUUAUCUACAUGCGGGCUGUUUUUAUGAAAAAGCCUACAAUAUCUAUGUACAAAUUCUUCCCUCAACUCAUCCAGACUUAGCCAAUUCUUAUAUGUGCCAAGGCGCUGUCUUUGAACAAACUGGCAAAUACGGCAAAGCUUUUUCGUACUAUCAAAAAGCCCAUGAUAUCUAUCAGACUACUCAUCCUGGCUACUCUCUCGAACUGGCCAAUGCUUAUAAUUGUAUGAGUUCAAUAUGUGCGAAGAUGGGCGAACAUGCUAGAGCGUACCGGUUCUCUCAAUGUGCAUCUGAUAUCGAACAGAGAACGUCAGGGGGAGAUCGCAGUAGUGUUGUUAGCGGAAAAUAA